AUGCUAGGCCUAGACAUAUGGGAGUAUGAGGCUGCUUGUGGCAUUAGAGGCCUGGCUUGCAAAGAAGUUGGGACUGUAAUUGUACUUGUCAGAUUUGGUGUGAUGAAAGUGACCCCUCUAGGCCUGGACAGAUUAGACUUUGGGGCUGUUUGUAGCAUCGGAGUCCUGGCUUGCAAAGAAGGGGUUACAACUGGCCUUGUGGAUAUUUGA